UCGUCCUUCCGGUGCCCCCGUCGCCCCACUCCCUCCCGAUGCUAGCACCGUCGGGCUUGGCUGUGGGAGCGUAAUGGCGGUGCACCGGGGACCCUCUACGAAAUGGCUCUUCACCCGGGAACAGCUCGAAAACACGCCGUCUCGACGCUGCGGAAUAGAGGCCGACAGAGAGCUGUCUUACCGGCAGCAGGCCGCCAAUUUAAUCCAAGAUAUAGGCCAGAGACUCAACGUCUCCCAAUUAAUAAUCAACACUGCUAUUGUAUAUAUGCAUAGGUUUUAUAUGAUCCACUCCUUCACCAAGUUCCAUAGAAAUAUCAUUUCCCAGACGACGUUGUUCCUGGCAGCAAAAGUAGAGGAGCAGCCCAGGAAGCUGGAACAUGUUAUUAAAAUAGCACAUGCCUGCAUUAACCCCCAAGAGCCCGCCUUAGACACUAAGAGCAAUGCAUUCCAACAGCAGGCACAAGAGCUUGUAGCACUGGAAACAAUAGUGCUACAGACGCUGGGUUUUGAAAUAACAGUUGAUCAUCCACACACUGAUGUUGUGAGAUGUUCCCAGCUAGUGCGAGCAAGCAAGGAUUUGGCACAGACUUCCUAUUUCAUGGCUACCAACAGCUUGCACCUCACCACGUUCUGCCUGCAGUACAGGCCCACGGUCGUGGCAUGUGUCUGCAUCCACCUGGCCUGUAAGUGGUCCAACUGGGAAAUCCCUGUGUCCACAGAUGGCAAACACUGGUGGGAGUACGUGGACCGCACUGUAACGUUACAGCUGCUGGAUGACCUCACACAUGAGUUUCUUCAGAUCUUGGAGAAAACGCCCAGCAGGCUGAAGAGGAUACGAAACUGGAGGGCUUUUCAAAACGCUAAGAAGCCAAAGAGCGACGGUUCGACAGUUGACAGUGCCUUCCAGGGGACGUCCUCUUUAGACGGCCUUCCCGGCGUCACCAACUCGUUCUUCCCCUCCACCUCAGCGUCAGACUCUGCAGAGAUGCCCUCUCUGAACACUAUCGCAGCCUCGUACGCCUCCUACCAGCCCCUGAGCGACCAGUCCAAGGCCUGCGCGUACGACCAGUUCCCGCCGCCGCUGCACUCGGACUUCUCCCUGAUCAAACAGGAACACAAAGCGUCGGGCGGCUCCAGUAGUAAACACCAGCAGCUCAGUGGAAAUGCUGCAGCUUUUGCACGGCCGCAAAAGGUCUUGACUUUGGAAAAGUACAGAGAGAAACACGCGGCCGAGCUGGCGUCGCAGAACGGCAUAAAGGAGGAGCCCAGCACAGACAUGUACGCCCUCUCUCCUCCACCGCUCUCCUCGCACCACCACAAGAAACGCUCUCAGCUCCAGCAGGCCGGCCAGUCAGGCGACGGCCGUAGGGACAAGCAGAGCUCCAAAAAGGCUCGGCUGCCUCCGUCGUACGCGGAGAACGGCUCCGCCUCCAGCGAGGAGCUAAAGAUGAGAAUCAAAGUUUCAUCCGAGCGUCACGGCAGCUCGGAGCAAAGUGGAAAAGACAAGCACAAAGACCACACCAGCCACCGCCACUCAAAACACGGCCACUCCCACCCGUACUCCCUCAGUGGGAGCGGCAGAGGGACAAUAGACAACUCUGCUUUGUCCUUACGAGCUCCCAGCAGCCACUGCAACGAACUGAGCUCCUCCGGCUCGUCUCGGAAGAGGCCUCACUCUGACAGCAACAACCACCACCACCACUCGGCCAAGAGCAGCCGGAGCUCCAAAGGGGCCCUGGGGUCCCACUACGCCGACGGCAGCAGGAUGAUGGAGCACCACAGCCACGACGGCACCAACGGCAUGCUGACGUCCAACGGACAACACACUGACUACAAAGACACUUUUGACAUGCUGGACUCUUUACUAAGUGCCCAAGGAAUGAACUUGUAACCCUCGGAGUCCCCAGUGUUGUCUAGAAUAAGGUAUUACAUGAUGAAUAGAGAAAAGAAAUGAAUUUAUUUGUCUUAAGUUAUCUGAAUUCUGCAUCGCUCUCAGUCGUGUCUACACACUGAUUCUUGUUAAGCUGUCAAAAAUGUAAAUUUAUAUGCAUAGAGCUGUGUACUACUAGCUUGCAAGAAACAAAAAUAAUUGUGAGGUUUGAGAAUGCGGCAGGUAAAAUGGGAUAUUAAUGUUGAUUUGAAGCUGACAUGAAUUGAACGUGCAUGUUUUCAGUCACAAAAGGGAAGACGUAGCUAGUGUUCGCAGCCGUUGUGACAGUUUACAGACAGUCGACAUUUUUUUAUAUGUUAAAAACAUUUUGUUCCACUAAAAAUCUCAGGUCUUGAACUUUUUUGAUAUAAGAAUCUUCCUCUGUUUGGGUUUAUUACCUGUAUCUGUGGAGAUGUGUCACCUCGUCCGUUUGUUGACGAAGACGGCAGAACCUGGGUGUCUGUCUUAGGAAACAUAGUCUGCUUAUUUUUCAAUGAGUGCAUUAAUAGACGGACAAAAACAAAACAAAAAAACAAAAAACAAAGGUGAAUCAGAGUUAUAUCUUGUGGAUUGUUACUUCCUGAACUUAACAUGCAGACAUUUUAGAACUACAAACAAAAUGUUCCAUCUGCGUUGAAAGUGCAUUUCAGAUAAUAUAUCGGCUUUAAGUGGAAAAGGCCUCGUAAUUGUAUCUUGUCAACUGCUCCUCAGUAAAUGUUACUAUCAAAAUACAGAGCUCUAAAAUAAUGUGUAAAUAGGACUGUAGUUCAGUUGGAAAACUGUUGGUUUAUUGCAUCAGUCCAAACCUUCCUCCAUUCAGUGUAUCAUGAGAUCUAAAGCAGACUGUGUAUUGAUGAGCAUAUCCUUGAUUUGUGUAUCAGGAGCCCAAAUAAAGGUGUAAAAGUAAUUUCUAAA